UGCCCUGGCGGCGAGCGGCCACCUUGGCUUCGUUGCAACGGAGUCUCCACCUCCUCCGCCGCUUCCUCCGCAGGCAGCCACGACGGCUGCAGGGAACCCACGGGGUGAAGAAACCGGACGGCCCUUCUAGGAAGAGGAGAGCGAGCGAGCAAGAGAAGGGGGCAGCGUGGGCCCCAGCAGCACGGCUCCCCUUGCAGCCAGCCAGCGUGAGCAGGUCGGCUGAGGCAAAAGUUCCCAGGGACGAUGGUUCAAGGAGAAGCCACCCCUCAGAUCUCCAGAGUUCAGGAUAAAGGAUGGGCCUGGGUGGUCUUAGGAGCCACAAUGGUGGUUCAUGGCCUUACACUAGGCUUUCCUUCCUGCAUUGGAGUCUUUUUCAAAGAUCUGCAACGUGAUUUCCACGCUAGCAACAGUGAGACGUCAUGGUUCCCCUCCAUCAUGACAGCUGUGCUGCACGCAGGCGGGCCUCUCUGCAGCAUUCUAGUGGAGCGAUUUGGCUGCAGGAUGACUGUCAUGCUGGGAGGCCUCCUCAGUGGGGUGGGAAUGGUUGCCAGCUCAUUCUCCCAAUCCAUUAUCCAGCUUUAUCUAACUGCUGGAUUUAUCACUGGACUAGGGACCUGUUUUAGUUUCCAGGCAGGAGUCACUGUGCUUGGCUAUUAUUUUGUACGUCAGCGAGCUCUGGCUAAUGCUCUGGCUUCCACUGGUGUCUCCAUUGGUUUCACACUAUGGCCUCUGCUCUCCCAGUACUUGCUUGAUGAGAUGGGCUGGAGAAACACUUUCUUCAUGCUUGGGGGAGUAAUGUUGCACUGCUGUGUAUGUGGGGCUGUGAUGAGGCCAGUACGAACCAAACAGCCUGACCCAUCGCUGAAGUCCAGUCAUGGACAUUUAGCUGAAGACACACAUUUAUCCAAUGGAAAUACCUUGAGUCAUGAGGUGCAUCGAUCAAAGUGUGACACUUGCAUCCAGACACUGCAGAAGUACUUAGCUUUUGAUGUCUUCUGCAAGAACAAAGGCUACCGGAUCUACACCAUUGGAAUAGCCUGGAUGGUGAUGGGUUUUGUGCUGCCUAUGAUCUAUCUGGUGCCCUAUGCUGUCUUGAAUGGAGUGGAGGAGCGCAAGGCAUCCCUUCUCAUCUCCAUCAUUGGAUUCAUUAACAUCUUCAUGCGCCCCAUGGCAGGCCUGCUCUCGGGCCUCAAGAUCUUCACCGGUCGGAGGAUCUACAUUGUCAGUGUGGCUGCAGCUUUUAAUGGCCUGAGCAACCUCAUCAUUGCUAUCUCAGCUGAGUAUAGUGCUUUUGUCAUCUACUGUGUGGUCUACAGCAUCUCCAUGAGUGUUCUUGGUGCUCUUAUUUUUCAAGUGUUGAUGGACGUGGUAGAAAUGGAUAGGUUCUCCAGUGCCUUGGGCCUUUUCACCAUCGUGGAGAGCAUCACCAUUCUCAUUGGGCCCCCUCUUGCAGGUCUUCUUGUGGACCUCACAGGCCAUUUUAGUUAUGUAUUCUACACUUCCAGCUUCUUCAUGGUGACAGCAGCUAUGUUCAUGGGUUUUAGCUUUUGUACCAUGGAAACAAAGAAAAAAUUGACAGAGAGUCAUAAACCGACUCCUGAGGACCCUUCCAGGGGCAGAUACACAGAAGUGCCAACAGAAUUAGAGCCUGAAAAGAAUGGUUCUCCUGCAGUCGUUUAUGUGACCAGCAUCUGAAUCCGGAGGAGCUGGAUAUUGCUUCCCUUGCUAAUGCAAGAGCUCUGAUACAAAAAGAGCAAAAAAAAGAACAGUUCCUUCUGAGUUGCCAUCCUCCUUUCUGUCGUGACCGACUGCUCAGCCGUAUCGAGCUCUGAUUUUUCGAUGAAGGAUCCAGACCAGGAGAUAAGGCAUGCAGAAAGCCAAAGCCCACAUUGGGGAAAAAUUUCACAGUGCAAGCCAUGGGUGGGGCAAAGGUAGUCACAGUCCCAUGACAUCUGCAUUACUUGAAGCUUAACCAUUUUUGUUAUCAGUUUUUAAGAAUGGAAGGACUUCACCCAUCGGUUUAUGCACUUUUGUUGUUUCCUGACAAAGUGGCAUAAGUCUACCAACGAAUGAAUAAUAACACUUUAGUCAUUUUGGUUCUGCUAAACUCUCAGUGAAGUCCACUGGUUGCUUCCCAACUAAUCACAAGGGAGGACAUCUUGUUUGUUUACCACUGGGUUCUUUGACUAUAGCGUUGAAAUAUUUAUGCUUGCUGACCAGUUCCAGGCAGUCUGUUGUGAAAUAAGUUCUGUGUGUUUCUACUCUCAGUAGCAGGUAGGUCAUAUGUACUAUAACUAAACGAAGUCAGUUAUUUCUGCAUUUCUGUAGUAUUUUCAGUAAUCAUAAAGACUCAAAACUGAAGUCACAGAGCAUAGCAUACCUGGGCUACUCCCAAGUGCCUGCGUAUGGGUCACCAAUAGUGUCUUAUCCCCUUUCGAUCUAUGCUGCAGAAAAGAAAAGUUCAGGGCUAAUCAAAAAGAAUGGCCAGUUUGCCAGGAACACCUCUCAAGCCUACUGAACCAUGGCAAUUGUAUGGUUGCCAGUAGAGAGGUAUGUUUAGGUUUGUCUCAGUAUGGGCAUCUGCAUUCUUGGAAGUCUACAAGGCUCUAAGUGGAGCAAACUCAAAAGACUUACAUAAGCUAUAUGAAGGUGAUGAUUAUAUGUGGGUAAUUUGGUCAUUUCGUGUGUGUGUAUGUGUGUGUGCGCAUGCCAGCCUUAGAUGCAAGCACAAAACAAAGCAAACCAUCAAAAUGAAGGGAGACCUUCCCUGCUCUGGUCUGAAGGUUACAUUUUUUCAAAACAACCUACACAAGUAGGUGAUUAGUGAAAUGGCAAACCUCCUCUGAAAUCUCCUUCCUGGUGUGACUGUUUCAAACAAAGGCUAGUCUUAAAAUCUUCCCAGAAUGUUUUCUGAGUUGGCUGGCAAAGUUGUAGACAGCUUUGCCAGGUCCUCCAGAUUUGGUACAGUAUACUGUUCCAAUGCUUGUCAAAAUAGCAGUGUUUGAAUUGGAACAUAACUGUGCUUUAAUUUUCUUCUUCUUGCUUUCUCUUCAUGAUUCCCACGUUAUUGUACAUUCUUUUCUUCUAGUUCUGCUAUCUCAGAAAACACUGACCAAAGAUUGUUAGUGUGUUUUAAUUUUUUUAGAAAAAUGAAAAAUAUGGUUUUAAAUGGCAAGAAACUAGCAAGAAAUGGCUAAGAAUGCUAGUGUUUUCUAAAACAGAAAGCAAUCAUUAAUGGCACCUAUAUUAAUCUACUUGAGGGCCAAAUUGGGAGGGUUAGGGUUACCCCAUUCAUCAAAUCCAGCUGUCUCCUAUUACUGCCCUUAAUUGUGGCCAAAAUAAAUAUAAGCAAGCAAUCACUGUCAAAGUAGAUGGAGCAGCCACAGAGGCAGGUCACUUAGUCACCCUUUUUUACUUGGAAAGUGACUUUACGAAGAGGGUGGGUUGAAAUCCAGUUCGCUUCAUGACUGAUAUCUACAAUGAGGCCUCUGUGAGCUUGCCUUAAAGCUGUUAGGUAAAGGAAGUCCCCCUGUGUAAGAACUGGGCCAUUACUGACGCAUGAAAUGACAUCACAUCACAACGUUUACUAGGCAGAUUAUGCUUACGGAAGAAGGAAAAACAAUCUGUAUUCCCUCUAUUGACUCAGGGCUUGCAUUGAAAAGAAAGGGGCAAUCUGUAGCUACACACCGGCCCCUUUUGCACAGACACUUUAAAAUGUUUUCAGGCAGGAAAUAAAACGCUUCCUCCAUGGA